GCACAACAAAAACUUAGUACAAUUUCCCCCCUCUUCUAUUUCUUGUGACAACACUUCUUGUUACAUCAAACCCAUAGAGGAGAGGGUCUCUGAGGGACAAAAAUGAAGAUGGCAGAGAACGGUGCUGGAAAGAACCACCUUCAACACAACCAAGUUUUUGACCUCUCCAUUGAUGUGCUUCCUCAAGGCGGCUCCAAAUGCUUUGAUGAAGAUGGUCGUCUCAAGCGAACUGGAACUGUAUGGACCGCAAGUGCUCAUAUUAUUACAGCUGUGAUUGGUUCUGGUGUCCUAUCCCUGGCUUGGGCCACUGCUCAGCUUGGAUGGGUUGCUGGUCCAGCCGUGAUGUUUUUGUUCUCUUUCGUAACUUACUACACCUCUACUCUUCUUGCUGCCUGUUACCGCUCUGGUGACCCUAUCAAUGGCAAGAGAAAUUACACUUACAUGGAUGCUGUCCGAUCGAAUCUUGGUGGGUUUAAAGUCAAGAUAUGCGGGUGGGUUCAAUACUUGAACCUUUUUGGAGUUGCCAUUGGAUACACAAUUGCAUCAUCAAUCAGCAUGAUGGCUAUCAAAAGGUCUAAUUGCUUCCAUGCCAGCGGUGGCAAAAAUCCAUGCCACUUGAAUAGCAACCCUUAUAUGAUUGCUUUUGGUAUUGUUGAAAUCAUUUUCUCUCAAAUUCCUGGCUUUGAUCAAUUAUGGUGGCUCUCCAUUGUUGCUGCUGUCAUGUCCUUCACUUACUCAACAAUUGGACUCGGUCUUGGAAUUGCUAAAGUAGCAGAAACUGGAAAAGUUAGGGGAAGCCUGACCGGAAUAAGUGUUGGAACCGUUACUCAAACCCAAAAGAUAUGGAGGAGCUUCCAGGCACUUGGAGACAUAGCUUUUGCCUAUUCUUACUCCCUCAUCCUCAUUGAAAUUCAGGACACACUCAAGGCUCCACCAUCAGAAUCCAAGACAAUGAAAAAGGCAUCUUUGAUAAGUGUUGCAGUGACAACCCUCUUCUACAUGUUGUGUGGUUGCAUGGGCUAUGCUGCUUUUGGAGACUUGUCCCCUGGAAACCUUCUCACUGGUUUUGGAUUCUAUAACCCAUUCUGGCUUCUUGACAUUGCUAAUGCUGCCAUUGUAAUUCACCUCGUCGGUGCGUACCAAGUUUACUGCCAACCCCUUUUUGCCUUCAUUGAGAAAAAAGCAGCAGAAAAGUUCCCAGAUAGUGAGUUCAUCACCAAAGAUAUCAAGAUCUCUAUCCCAGGCUUCCGCGCCUACAAUCUCAACCUCUUCCGAUUGGUUUGGAGGACACUAUUUGUGAUCUCAACAACUUUGAUCUCUAUGCUUCUUCCCUUCUUUAAUGAUAUUGUCGGACUCCUUGGGGCUCUUGGAUUCUGGCCCCUCACAGUUUACUUCCCAGUUGAGAUGUACAUUUCAAAGAAGAAGAUACCAAAGUGGAGCACAAGAUGGCUCUGCCUCCAAAUCCUCAGCAUUGCUUGCCUUAUUAUCACUAUAGCCGCAGCUGCCGGUUCUAUCGCAGGGGUUGUUCUUGAUCUCAAGUCAUAUAAGCCCUUCUCGACCGAUUACUAGUUCAGUAGAAUUGAUCUGGUAUCACACUACUCGUGGACAGCUCAGAAAAGCAAGGAAAACUAAUCUUUAGGGUUAAAAAAGGUUCAUGUUCAUGUUCAUAUCAAGCCUAAAUUGUUGUUGUUAAUUACCUUUGCUCCUACGCAGUUUCUUUUGUUCUCUACUGUUCAACUAAAUGGGGGGCCAUGUGUCACCAUUUGAACUUGUAACUUUCCCUAUCACUCAAUGCAAAAUGGAGAAGUUUGAGCAGGGGAGUCCUAUGCAGGCCACCAUUUAUUGAA